GGUUCCGCUGGCUUGCUGGGCGUGGGCGGGCGCCUUUGGGCACUUUUCGCUGGUGGCACGCAUGCCCUCUUUGGGCGACUCUCAGCCUCUGUGAACCUGCCUUCCCCUCGGCGGGCAGGAGACCGAGGCCGGACACUGAGCGCGCUCCCGGUUAGGGGCUCUUCGGUCGGUCCAAGAGCACUUUGCGGCAGACGUUCCUUUGGCAGGGGGCCGGGCGGGAGUGUUCUUCCCACGCUCCCUGGAGUUGCCCUCAGUUCUCGCUUUGAGACAGGUUCAUCUUUGGAGGGCGAUCGAGAUCCUUGUAUAGAAGCCGGCUGAGCGGAGUGAUCAAUGGCCCUUCUGCCCCUCUGUGGUGUGGAUCCAGGUGUUGGUAUGGCCCAGCAGCCAGAGAGUCAUAUAGCAUUGGAGGGGGGUGCUCCUCGGCUCCUCUCUGCUGAAGAGGAUGGGCUCACCGGAUAGUCCCGCACACUGCUGGGCUCCUUGGCUCCUCGGCUCCUCUGCACCAAAGAAAACAAGUUUAUCUUCCUAUCCAAAAAGAUGAAAAUAACUGGGUUACUUACAAAAAACAACCAAGUGAAGACCACCAACUAAUGAGUAGAAUCAGUAAGAACGUGAUUUUGGCCCUUUUCACAUUGACAAGUUCUGCAUUUCUGCUGUUUCAGUUGUACUACUACAAGCACUAUUUAUCAGCAAAGAAUGGAGCUGCUUUAUCAAAAUCCAAAGGAAGUAGAAUUGGAUUUGAUAGCACACAGUGGCGUGCAGUUAAAAAGUUCAUUAUGCUGACAUCCAGCCAAAAUGUACCGGUGUUCCUUAUUGAUCCUUUGAUUCUGGAGUUGAUAAAUAAAAACUUUGAACAAGUCAAAAAUACUUCUUAUGGCUCUGCUUCAGAAUGCAAGUUUUUCUGUGUUCAAAGAGACUUUACUACGUUUGCACUACAAUAUCAUCUAUGGAAGAAUGAGGAAGGCUGGUUUCCUGUAGCUGAGAAUAUGGGAUUUCAGUGCCUAAAGACUGAAAGCAAAGAUCCUCGGCUGGAUGGGAUAGACUCACUUUCUGGAACUGAAAUUCCUUUGCAUUGUAUCUGUAAAUGGGCCACUCAUGCCAUCCAUUUGGUGGUCUUUCAUGGGAGAAGUGGCAGCUACCUCUGGCAUGGCCAUCUACGACUCAAGGGACACAUUGACAGGAAAUUUGUUCCUUUUCAAAAGUUACAGUUUGGUCAUUAUCCUGGAGCUUUUGACAGGCCAGAGUUACAGCAAGUUACUAUAGAUGGACUAGAAAUUCUCAUUCCAAAAGAUCCAGUGCACUUUCUAGAAGAAGUACCACACUCUAGAUUUAUUGAGUGUAGGUAUAAAGAAGCUCGAACAUUCUUUCAGCAGUACCUUGAUGAUAACACUGUAGAAGCGAUGACCUUUCAGAAGAGUGCAAAGGAAUUACUGCAGCUAGCAGCCAAAACCUUAAACAAAUUGGGAAUACGAUUCUGGCUGAGCAGUGGAACUUGUCUAGGAUGGUAUCGGCAGUGCAGUAUCAUUCCUUAUAGCAAAGAUGUCGACCUAGGGAUUUUUAUACAAGAUUACAAAUCUGAUAUUAUUUUAGCAUUUCAGGAGGCAGGACUUCCACUCAAACAUAAGUUUGGGAAGGUAGAAGACAGCUUGGAACUAUCCUUCCAGGGAAAAGAUGAUGUAAAACUUGACAUUUUUUUCUUCUAUGAAGAUACUGACUAUAUGUGGAAUGGAGGCACUCAGGCCAAAACAGGAAGAAAAUUUAAAUACCUGUUUCCCAAGUUUACACUGUGCUGGACUGAGUUUGUAGACAUGAAGGUCCGUGUGCCAUGUGAAACCAUUGAAUAUAUCGAAGCCAACUAUGGUAAGAGCUGGAAGAUUCCUAUAAAGACAUGGGACUGGAAGAACUCUCCACCCAAUGUGCAGCCCAAUGGAAUCUGGCCUAUUUCAGAAUGGGAUGACGUUAUCCAGUUAUACUGAAAUAGUGGGUUGAAAUGGGAGAAUUUCUCUUUGGAAAAAAAGGGAAGCUUUUUCUUUUCUCACACACCUACUCAUCAAACAUAAGUGAAACGACCACCACUACCAUCAAAAAAAGGGAGAAGUUUGAAGACACAGAGUCCUAACUCCUCAGCCAUCCGAUUUAGUUCUUAACAGCAUUUAUUGAGUUUCUGUGUGCCAAGUAAAGUGCUAGGUUGCAGUGGAGACUCAGAAACGAACAAGCAAGUAUCACCCUCUUUUUCCUAUGCCUUUGGUAAGCACCCCAGCUUUCCUUCGAGAGAAACUCCUCCACCCUUUGAAGAGCUGAAAUAGAAUAAGAUAUACUUUAUAAUGUUUUUUUAAAUGUUAAGUAAUGUUUUGACUUGAAAAUGAGAUCAUCAGGCAAAAGCCAAGGAAAGUGGUACUAGUUAAAAAGAAUAAUCCAUUCCUGUCCUCAGCAUUUGAGCUGCUGUGUUAGCGCUGCAUUUAA